AACAUACACCGUCUGACCCUUGUACCAAAAAGUCGCAGGGAAGGGGGCGAGCCCUACCGCUGAUCUCUAUAGCAUCUAUCGAGCGACUUCCCUGACAGCGCGUCAAGAAACUCGAGAGACACAGCGCGUCCCCUGGAGACAGCACGCGUCCACUUCCGGUUGGGCAGAGAGCUGGAAAAAUAGCAACGGCUGAGGAGCACAGCUGGGGAAGGAGGAGGCCAGGCUGGAGCUAAAGCGAGUCGCUGUGCAAAGGAAUGGGCGACGUUUGAUCAGAGAAGGUUCCCUACAAACCAGGAGAGACGUUAGUGAGUCAUGGAAGACUGUGGUAGCCUCAUAGAGUUCGAUGUACCUGAGUUCAGCAAUACCGUCCUGAACCAGCUCAAUGAGCUCCGUCUCCAGGGCAAGCUGUGCGACAUCAUUGUGCACAUUCAGGGCCAGCCAUUCCGAGCCCACAAGGCCGUCUUGGCCGCCAGUUCACCGUACUUCCGUGAUCAUUCAUCGCUAGGCACGAUGAGUGGCCUCUCCAUCUCCGUAAUCAAGAGCCCUGAGGUGUUUGAGCAGCUGCUCGCCUUUUGCUACACUGGCCGAAUGUCAUUGCGUCUACGUGAUGUCAUCAGCUUCCUCACGGCUGCCAGCUUCCUCCAAAUGCAGGCUGUGAUUGACAAAUGCACACAGAUUCUUGAGGGUAUUCACUCUAAGAUCAGCGUCCCUGUGCCUACUGGGAUCGAUCCAGAUAAUGAUUGCACCACCUCAAGGGCUGUCCGCAACGGAGUGAAAGACGGAGGCAUCUUUGUAAACCCCACCCAGAUUUCGCCACCCUACUAUUCUCGGCAGAAUCAUUGCGGGGAGGGCCGAAGCUCAGGUAAGGGAGUGGCAGAAGAGGGUCAGUCAGACCGAGGGAGUAGCGACAGCAUAUCCGAGCAGGAGGUGUCCAUGGAGGUUGAGUCUGAACAAGUAGACCUCAUCGGCAAGGAUGGACAGGUAACAGAUGUCCAUAUCAAGCUGGAGAAAACGGACCGGCCCAGCUAUUCCGAUAGCUCAUCGGCCGGUGAUGACGGCUACCACACAGAGCUGGUGGACGGAGAACAGGUGUUGGCUGUCAGCGUGGGAUCGUACGGGCCUGUGCUUUCCUCUGCCGCAUAUACUUACUCAGCACUGCCUUCCUCCUGUUUCGUCAGCCUGAGUUCCUCUAGCCCAUCUCGCUCCUUGCUCAGCAGCGUCCGGGGUGGUCGUGCCCGACCGAAACGUCCCGUGCCUCUUCAAGCCGAUCUGCUUACUCAGCUCAAGCCUGGUGCCACCGAAGGAGAUCCACCUGCAACGGCAACUACCUUCGAGAAUGACGUUAGAGAGCGGAGUUUCCGCGGACAGUGGUACCCCUACAACGAGCGCCUCAUCUGCAUCUACUGCGGCAAGUCCUUUAACCAAAAGGGUAGCCUGGACCGUCACAUGCGUCUGCACAUGGGCAUUACACCCUUCGUCUGCAAGUUCUGCGGCAAGAAGUACACCCGCAAAGAUCAGCUGGAGUACCAUAUCCGUGGCCACACGGACAACAAACCCUUCCACUGCCAGAUCUGCGGCAAAUGCUUUCCCUUCCAAGGCACACUCAAUCAGCAUUUGCGCAAGAAGCACAUGACCUCUGGCACGGAAGUCAACAAUCACACUGACUUGCUGGGAGAGGCACCAGAUGGCCAGAGAGCGGAGCAAGAGGAUGCCUCCGAAGGCGAAGCAGCCUGCGUAGCAGCUUAUCCCGAUGAUUUGUCAACGAAAACCCCCAGCGAAGAGAGUGGCAAGUGUAGUCCGGAAGAAACCCCUCAAUCCAAACCCCUGCGUGGACACAGAGAAUAAAGUUUUCCAUUUAUUUGGUUGUUGGUCCUCCUUAUCUAAUAAGGAAGCAUUAAGGGUUCAUGUUUCAUGAUUAAGCCCAGCUGUUUUUAAAGAACGACAAGAAAUAACCUGCCUUGCGCAUUUUCUACUCAUCCAUUUUUGUGGAAGUUCUACACAGGACAAAGAUCGAGAGAAAGUUUUUAAGGAGCUUUUCAAAGGGAAGGAGUCCUAUAAUCGGGGAGGAGGUCUCUGUAAUCAAGGCCUCCUAAAAGUUUUAUCACAUUUUUUAUAUAUAUCUAUAUAUAUAUAUAUAUUUCCAUGUUUUUCAACAUAUUUACAGAGUAAUAUAGGCAUGUUGCAAUAAUGAAUAAUGUGAAAGCUCAGAUGAGAUGCUUGUCAUAUCACGCUUUUACCUGACCUGUUUUUGCACAUGUGGCCUGUAGUGGGUCACUCACUCACAAGGAAUGGUUUAUCUGCCAGUGCAAGGCUCUUUUUGUGAUCCAUCCGUUCAAUACCUCAUUAUACAACCUCAACAUAAACUCAUAAUGGACAGUAUUUGUAGCUUGUCGUCAACUCCAGCCAGGUUUUACCUCAUAGCAAAGAACCUGAAUGGAGGGGAAGAAACUUUUCUCAGUAAAGUCACAUUCGUUUUGUUUUCAUAGGGUUUGAAUUAAUGUCGCGGUGAAACCCCUGAACAAAACAUCUCCACUCUACCCAAGCUUGAAACUUCAGUGAAAUAUUCCUUAGUGAUUGUAUGAAUUCUGGAUUAAUCUUGCUCAUUUUUCCAUAGCAGCCAUGUUGUGCGCAUCUAUGAGAAUAUUGUACAAGACUCUAGUACAAGGUGUACCUGUGGUGUUUUCCUAGGAUCCAGGAAUUAUUAUUAUUAGUUUUUAAAUGCCAUAUUUUUCUUAAAAUCACAGUCUGUCACUCUAAACUCUUUCUGUAAUAUUAUCCAUUUGGUUUCAGGUAUAAUAUCAACAGUAUAAUCACAGAUUCGUGCUAGAGUAGCAGCACAGUCAAAAAUUCUAUUCAGUUAAGAAAUGUUUAGUCACAUUUUUUACUUUUGCUUUCGUGCCAACUUUCUUUCUUUCUAUGUUUUUUCAAACACCGGUGGGCAGGGUGUGCCUUUAAAAAUGAAAGUUUAAAUUAUAUAUUAAUAUAUUUGUAGAUGCGUUUCUAAAAGUAGUGCAGGAGUCAUGCAAGUUAUGAAAAUUGCCUUAGGGCCAUACCGCCAUAGGAAGAAGGGGGAAAUAAACGUCUUGGUGAAAUAUUUAUAGCAUUAAUGUACACGCUCGAUCAGUGGUUAAAAUUUCAAACAGCUCUUCUUGUAUUCAGCUGAAUCUCGAAAGAACUCCUUGGUGCUGAAUAGACAGCUGUGAGAAGAAGCUCUCUUUGGCUUGUCACACUUGUGCAUCUGUCAAUGUAUAGACCAAAACGUAUGAUGUUUCAGUGCAGAAAUGUAUAAUUGAAGAAGAUUCACUUACUGCCGGUAUGCUUUUGUUAACGUUAAAUUGUAUGGAGGUGUAUUGUUUAUUCAGGAGGUAUAGUGUAGGGUUUCAAACUACAAACGAGCAGUAAUAAGAUAAACCUGCAGUGUCAGGACCACUGUUGUGGGCACUUUUAUACGUUUAGUAUUGUGAAGAGAGAGCCCUGGAUGCCUGUUAUCUCCACAAUAUCUCUUCUCAUCCAUUUUCAUUGUUAUGUAACUGGUGCAAAACGUCAUACCUCACUUUUAUUUUUUUUUCUUGACCUGUGAUUGAAUAAGGCUCCUUGUUGUCUCACAUGCCAAUUGUAGAUACAUUUUAUUUCUUAUCACUUAUUUGAUUCAUUCUAAGGAGUGAUAGAAGCGGCUACAUAAGAUGCAAAACAAGUAAAAUGGCGUAUUGUGGACUCUAUUUUAUAGUCGAGCAUCUGCUUCCCUGACUGUGCAGUAAAUUUGAUUUAUAGUUCUCGAUGCUCAGACAGAUUAAAACAUGCCUCGCUUUUACAAGAUUCAAGUGCUUUCAAGUUUGCCCGAAAUACCAUUUGGAUAUUUACUUUACCACGCCCUCCAUAAGUUAACUUUAACAACCAUUAGCCAAGGAUAGUUAGCGUAAGCAGUGUUCCCUUUUGUCUAGAAACUCCGGUAUUAUCCUUCCAAGACAACUCCUUAAUUCUGUGAACCGCAUCCAGUAUCACGCCUUGGACAAAACUCGUUUCUGAAAGUACGACAAGUUAAAAUACGCAGUGACUUACAUUAUGGUGCUGUUCUGUUUUCAUUUUCAGUUUGUGUACUUUUCUUUUGUGGUGUUUACUCGUAUACCAUUUUUAUUUUAUAAAAUAGUAAUAGUCUCAGUUAAAGUAUUCUGAGAUUUCAAAUCGAGCUUCAGGACUUCUGCCCUUUCUCUCUCUCUUUAAAACCAGUUUCACUCAAAGUGCAAAUUUUAGAAUGCUGAAUUAUUUGUGCCAUUGAAAUCUCUUCAUGUGCUUGUAUUACUGGCAGAUGAAUGAGAAAUAACCUUAUACUUUUAUUUUAUUUGUAUUUUUUUAGCUUUGAAUCAGUUCGUGGCAGUUUUAAACAAUGAGCCAAUGUGAUAACUACAGUUAUCAAGAGCCAAAACUCUGAACGCAGAACACCUUGUACUACUGACAGCAUGUUUGGUGUCGUUCUGUGCUAUGAGAUGCCAUUUAUGCCAUUUGAAACAUUGUAAGCCUGACUGCUUUGUUCGCUGAACAUGUUUAGAUUUUCUCUGUUGCUUUUUAUCAUAAUGUUCCUGUUCAUCUUAGAUAAUGUGAACGUAACUUUGGCCACUAACCAAAGAGCAAACCAAAAAUUGUAAAGGGUUUGUGUGGUAUGUUGCACAGCGGACAAAGAAAGACCAAAACCAAGCCCUGGAACAAAUGAAUCCGUAGAUCUUCUCAGUCUCAUUUCCCAGCCUCAUGCUGGCUCUAACACCUGUCGGGAUUUUAUAGCAUUGGCUGUCAUGUGUUUCACACAUUGGUGUUAGGUAGGUUUUGUUGAGAUGAUGUUUUACGAUGAAAGCUGUAUGCUUUAGUAUUUGAUGAACAGAUUUUGGAUGUUGUACUGUGGUCUUUAAAGAAUGAUAAUACAAAGGUUUUUUUUUUUUUUUUUUUGGUCAAGGACGUUGAUUUAUUGUGAAACAUAGUCUUCAUUACGGUUUGAUGUCAGCAAGAUUUAUUUUUAUUUUUUUUAAGAAAUUUAUAUUUUUAUUCAGAAAUAAUGCAUUCAAUUUAUCAAAAAGAUAAUAAACUAAAGACAUUUAUAAUGUUAUAAAAGAUUAGUAUUUCAAAUAAAUGUUGUUCUUUUAAACUGUCUGUUCAUCAAAGAAAAAUAUGGUUUCCCUAAAAAAUACUGAGCAGCAAAACAUUAAUGGUUUCAACAUUUAAUUAGAAGAAAUUAUUAAUUAAAUAAAAAAAAAAAAAAAAACAUAUAAGAAUGAUUUUUGAAGGGUCAUAUGGCACUGAAGACUGGAGUAAAGGCUGCUAAUAAUUCAGCUUUGCCAACACAGAAAUAAAUGUACAUUUUUAAAUAUGAUAAGAAAAUAUUUACUUUUAAUUAUAAUAAUAUUUCACAAUAUUAGUGUUUUGCUGUGAGCCUUUUAAAAAUCUUACUGACCUCAAACCUUUGAAUUGAAGUGUAUGUGAAUCACUUCAAUAUGAUAAUUUUUUUUUUUUUUUUUUUUGCCAUGCAAGAUUAUGGGAAUGAGAUGAGGGUUUCUUUCAAAGAAGGCAGACAUGUUUGUUAUUUUUGGUGGUAUCAAUGUAUCAGCCUGAUCUUUUUAAAAAAUACUGAACUAAAGGUAUAUGCAAAAGCAAUAUGCCUGUUAGAUCGUAAUUGACACAUGCAGUAAGGGUUCUGUCUGUAUAGUUGUAUAUGUUUUAUUCUGUAUCAUUCUUUUUGUUUCUAUGGGAAAACAUCCUAUUUGUAGGGGAUCGAUAUGCAUUGAAGCGACAGAGAUUUUCACGUCAGAAUCAUCAUGCAGUUUCCACACAAAGUGAAUAUGCUGAGAUAGUAAAAUGGGACAAUCAAGCAGCUUCACGAUACAGAAGCUUCCUCUUAAAGAAAAAAAAAAAAGAAAAAAAAAGUUAGUUGAUUUAUGCUUGGCUAUAAUCUCAUCAGAAAGAUGAUGCUUUCAGGUUAGCAGAUCGCUGUAUUAUGUAUAUUGUUUGGUCCGGGGGGAAAUAUGCAUGCCGGCCCACUUAUUGUUCAAGUAGAAUUGCAUGGUGCCCUCCGCGUUGAAAUACGAAACUACAGAUUACUUUUUGUUUUUGUCUUAACACUUGAAAGUGAUUUUCAUUUAUAGCUAUAUCUCUUAUGUGAUAUUUCACCUGGCAUGCACUUAAUGAUUUACUUUUUUAAUAAUAAAUAAUGUAUUCCAUAAGGGAUUAAUUGACCAUGUAAUGCUCCCAACUUAUGGGACUCAUAAAGCCUCAAAUAUGUUAUUGCUUGGGAUGUGUUUCCCCUUUAAUGGUGCUUUACGACUGGUCAGGUUUCUUUUUGGGUUUUAUAAUGUAUAAGCAAAAAGAUGUUAAAUCGGUGAUAUGGGGUUAACAUACAUUUGUAAAUGAUUAAAUGAACUGUACUAAUAGAGUCAUACUCCGCCAUUUGACCUAGAUACUCAUGGUCCAUAUUCACUUGCUUUGUUCACAUAAAACCAGUUCAGUUUGUGCCAUGCACAAUAAUCAAAAAAGAUGGUUUACAGGGAAGGCUGUUGGACUACUUUUUGAUUUUGCAGCUCGUCCUUUUUAACUGUUGACUUACUUCAGGUAGUUUAUGAACACUGAGCUAAACCUAGAGAUAUUGAAGAAAAGAAAAUCUUGAAGUCUUCCACCGGUUCUCCACUUCCAACAUGUCUCCACUGUGUAAUAUGCAAAAGCAAUAACCUUUUUAAGAUCCUUUUUUUUUUUUUUUACGUUGGAGUCUGUCUGCCUCUCAGAUUGCAGGAGGAUUGUGUCUCAAAAUGAAUGCAUUCAGGAUGUCAGGGAGCUGAGGUCAUUUAUGGCAAGGAGAGGAUUUUUUUUCUCAUGUUUUAAGAUAUACUUUUAUGUGAAAACUUGGACAGGUUGGACAAAUAUGCUUCUACAGAGUGGCUUCUUGUUUUUGUGGUCACCACAUUCUGUCUGUACUUCAUCGACCAGUGCCACUGGUGAAAAGUUGCAUCUUUUUUUUAUUUUUUAUCUGUCAAAUAAGAAAGGGAUCUUUGAGAGAUGUAACCUGCCGCUAUGGUGUAUGCUAAAGAUCUUCUUUCUUCAUGCUUUGAAAAUGCAGAUAUAACUGGCCAAUCAGAAUUCUUAAAAGAAUAGUUCACCCAAAAAUGAAAAUAUGCUGAAAAUGUACUAUGGCAAUUUCGAGAUGUAACAUCUUUGAAGAAAUUAAGCUUUUUAUCACUUAAUGAAUGGAUGCCGUCAGAAUCAUAGUUCAAACAGCUGAUAAAAACAUCACGGUCCACAAGUAAUCCACAUCUUAUGGAGUGAAAAGCUGUGUUUUUGUAAGAAACGAAGCCAUCAUUAAGCCUUUUUAAUUGUUGUGUCUGGUUAAAAUACCAGUCCAUAAUUCAUAAGUCUUCCUCCAGUGAAAAAAUACAUCAUCUGUUGUCCUCCUCUUACAUCAAAAUCCACCAACAUAUUUGUUUUGGCUAAUUAGUUUUGGCUUCUAAAUGUGAAUUUGAUUAGUGCAUAUUUCUCCCCUGAUUCAGACAAGAUUACUUUUUCUCUGGAGAAAGCAGUGCUAUUGAUCGAGGACUUCUGUUUUAGUUGGAAGCUAUGGUUUGAAGUUAAAAACAUGCAGAUUCACUUCAGAAGACAUUAAUUGAUGGACUGGAGGAUUACUUGUUGGAAACUUUGUUUGAACUCUCAUUCUGAUGGCAUCCAUUCACUUGGUGGGCAAAUGGGGUAAUGCUACAUUUCUAUAAAUGUGUUCUGAUAAAGAUAACUCCUCUACCUCUCGGAUGGCCCGAGAUUGAGUGCAUUUUCAUCAGACUUUAAUUUCUGGAUGAGUAUUCCUUUAAUGCAAGCUCUGUCAGACUCUUGUUCUCUCAUGUAUUUUGGACAUUGCAAAAAGUAAAAAGUAGAACUCAGGGUUUACUAGUAUUCAGAAAAUGCCAUUUUGGAUGCGCAAUGAUCUUUGUGCGUCCAAAACUAAGCUUGCACUUUUACUUCAGGUGGGGAAACAACUCCUCAGUCAUUGGUUCCCGAUACAGUCUGCCUCAUAGGUGUGGUAAGACGCACCUAAAUGUUUCCGUUCUUGCUCUUCCCGAAAGCAUGUGAGUUUCACCGCUGAGGAAAGCAGAUCUUUAGGUCUUAUCGUAUAAGUAGCACUCUGUCCAACCUUCUGUCAUCCAUAUACUACAACCUCACAACCCAACUUUGAACCUCAGAAAUCUACUGUUUUAUACAACUAUGAAGUACAUGCAGCUAGCUGAUGCUGUAACAAUUAACUCAACAUUUAUGAAUUUUAUUUUAUAGCAUGAAAUAUAAAGUUAUAUUUAUUCAAAUUAUAUAUUUUACUCAUAAUCAUUCUGUGCUGCUUUUUAUUUUCGUUCUUAAAGCUUGUAUAUUGCUUUUUUAUGAUACAAAGAAAUGUCAAUAGAUAAAAAAUGCAUUUGUUUGUACAAUAAAGAUGCUGAUUUGGCAAAA